CGUAGCAAGGUCGAUACGUUCGCCGGCUCGCCAGCGACAUCAACAACAACAUCAAACCGAAAACAGCACAAGAUGGCUUUUCAACCACCGACCGCCCGGCAAGAGCUUCAGAACCGCAAGAUUCUCGAAGAGCUUCAACAGAAGAAGCAGCUGCUCCUCAAGCAGGGCCAAGUGAACGCAAGCCCACCGACACUGCCUGCUGCGACGACGGCGAACGCGACGGACGCCCAUGCGCUGACCACUUCGCAGAGGACAGCACUUCAGCACGCGCAUUCCAGUUCCGUCGGUUUCUUCAUACCUCAGGACUCCUCUUUUGGCAACCUAAUACUGCCUGUAUUGCCACGGUUCGACAAGUGACAGUCGCACGCCAGCAGUACAACCUUCAGGACAAGUGCUUUGUUUUUUCAACGGAUUCUUUAUUUUCUGGGAUUGGAAUGCAACAUCAUACAUAACUGAUGAACACGUGUGCUGCUGGCUGUGUUGCCUGUUCAUUCCGCUGUGGCACUGCAACCGAAAUUUAAAUCUUUGGCACGCCUUGCUCGAGUGUGCUCUAAAACAAUGUGGUCAUCAUGCUCUUCAGUAAUGCUUCUUGGCGACUCACAAGUUUUAGUUACGUAAUAUAGUACUUCCAGGACCUACUCGAAGACACUGGUGCGGAGGGGUAUUUUUCAAGCAACUUCUCACAACAGGAAUUGCUGAGAAGUACUGCUGAAGCAUAGCUAAAUUGGUCGAAGGAGGCACUGCUUGCCUCUCUGCAGAGCCGUGCAGUGCGUCAUAUCACUCGGUUGCAUCGUAACUCGUCGGUGAGUUGCACACCUUUGCAACCGUCUAGUGAGCCGGUGCCACGAGACUUGCAGUCUCAAAAAAAUCAGAACUUUGUGCCGGAGUUUGUUUUCUUGCAAAGGCGUGGCUUCCACACCGUAGGGAAGGCCUGCAUUUUUUAAGGCCACACAAGAGAGGCAACUGCCAUGACCCACCAGUCUACCCAGGGGCCGUAUUCUGAAACGUUCCACUUCGGCGAUAGUUUGCCUAGGCGACAAUAUUGCCUUCAGGCACGCGCUGACUGGAUGUGAGCAAAACCGGAAAAUAAAUUACGCCCUCUAGUAGUUUCGGUCUACGUCAUUUUGUCAUUUUGAUGCCACUGUGUCAUUGGGUACUUCCAGCAUAUAUUGAAUAAACGAAGACGCCUGUAUUGUACUGCGGCCGAUACAUUCGAAAACAACACACUCGAGCCACUCGCACGGUGCACUCUCUCGUGUGUUGCAAAGCGUUCAAGUGUGCUUGUUGGUAGUGCAUGCUGACGUCGCGGGUAAGCAGCUGGUUGAUUUAGUGAAUGGACUCUCGCCUAGGCGAACUAUCGCCGAAUUGGAAUGUUUCAGAAUACGGCCCCAGGUUGCAGUGAACACUUUCGAAAUGCCUCCAAUGUUAGGCUGUGUGCAUGUGACAAUUUGAUGUAAAGUUCAAGCAGUACAAAAUUGACCCUUCUAAAAUAAAGAAAAGAAGCUUC